GAAUCGCCUCUGAGGUGCUUUUAUUACUCAAGACGCCAGCCAAACUACACUCGUUUAUUCAAGCGAGCUGGUUAUUUCCUUCCAACUCGUCAGCUCUCAUUUUAUGGCCUUUGUGUCUCUGAUUCCUGAACUCAUUUCCUCUGCACUGGAAUUCUACCUAGUUACUUGUUCCUUUUUCUAACAGAGGGCGUAGGCCUCGUACGGCCGCCAAUAUGCAUUUCCGCAUUUGGUUCCUUUGCCUGCUGCUGCUAUGCCUUUGCGUAGCAGCCGCCGAUGACGAUUCAACCUGCAGUGCGACCAAGAGCUGUAAAAAUGGAUGUUGUAAUAAGUCUGGCAACUGCGGUUUUGGCCCUGACUAUUGUGGAACAAAUUGUCGCUCCGACUGUGGUAGAAAGUCAGAGUGCAACCCCGGCUUUGAUUCAAAAUGGGCCGCAAGGGACAAAUGCCCUUUGAAUGUCUGUUGCUCCAAACAUGGAUUUUGUGGCACGACCAAGGACUUUUGCGGCUCAAAGAAGGUCACUCGCCCGAGCUGCGAUAAGGACAACGGUGUCCCUCGUGUCGUUGGUUACUUUGAGGGAUGGGCACAGAAUCGUCCCUGUGAGGCCUUCUGGCCUGAACAAAUCCCUAUCGGACUGUAUACCCAUAUCAACUUUGCUUUUGCCACCAUCAAUCCUCUCACCUUCUUGGUUCAUGCGGCUGAAAAUGCCGACAUCAAAAUCUACAAGCGGCUUAUGGCACUGAAGAAAAAGGACCCGGAUCUGAAGAUUUACCUCGCCCUCGGCGGGUGGACUUUUAAUGACCCGGGCGCAACGAACACGACCUUCUCCACCCUUGCGGCUUCUUUCCAACGUCAAAAGGUGUUCAUGAGCUCUCUCAUGUCCUUCAUGAGCACUCAUGGUUUUGAUGGGCUUGAUCUGGACUGGGAAUACCCCCAAGCCAAGGAUCGGGCCGGGCGGGAUGCUGACUUUGCCAAUUUCCCCAAAUUCAUGGCAUCACUGAAGAAGAUGAUGGAUGGAGGCGACAAGGGGCUAACAAUUACCCUCCCCGCGUCGUACUGGUACCUUCAGCAUUUCGAUAUCAAGAAACUAGAAAAAUCAGUUACCUUCUUUAACAUUAUGUCCUACGACUUGCACGGUGCCUGGGACCAAAAAGUAAACUGGACACAACCCUAUCUCAACGCCCACACCAACCUCACCGAGAUUGACCUGGCUCUCGACCUGCUCUGGCGCAAUGAUAUUGAGUACAGUAAGGUCGUUUUGGGCCUUGGAUUCUACGGGCGCGCGUUCACGGCUGCAACCUCAUCGUGCAUGAAGCCCGGGUGUUUGUUCAAGGCCCCCGGUGAUGAGGGCAAAUGUAGCCGCGAAAAGGGCAUCUUGCUGAACUCGGAAAUUGACGCUGUGAUCAAGGAGCGUAGUCUCAAGCCUGAAUUGUACAAGGAGGCAGCCGUGAAGGUGGCCAGGUGGAAAUCUCAAUGGGUCUCGUUUGAUGACGAGGAAACGCUCAAGAUGAAGACCGAAUUUGCACAGUCGCGAUGUCUCGGCGGUGUCAUGGUGUGGGCCAUCAGCCACGAUACCAAGGACGCCAAGUAUAACAAGGCUCUGGCGCAGGCCCUCAACCGCAAAGUCACCAGCGGCUCCAUCGACGACGACGAAAAGGCGUCGGACAUCAACAAGAUCCCCAACGAGCAAUGCCGCUGGACCAACUGCAAGGAGGACUGUCCCAAGGGCUGGGUCAACGUGGCUCGCUCCGACGGCGGCGCCCGCACCAAGAAGGACGAGAGGAUGUGGGACGAGACGGGCUGUGGCGGUGACGGCCACCACAGCUUCUGCUGUCCAGGGAAGCAGAAGCAGCCGACCUGCGGAUGGUACGGCUUCGGCAAUGGCAAGUGUGGCAAGGGCUCAUGUCCCAGCAACAUGGUCGAGAUUGGGUCCAACCAGAUGUACUGCCACAAGAAGCAGAGCUACCAGUCGGCCUGCUGCACGACCGACGUCAAGAGCAUGAAGGUAUACGGAACUUGCGAGUGGGGAGCGUAUCCAGACUGUGACGGCCAGGAGAAGUGUCCGAACCCGGCUGGAGACAGCAGCAAGAACUACAUGUGGGCUGGAUCGUCCUCCGGGUCCGGCGGUGGCCAGUGUGACGAGAAGAAGAACGGACUCGGCCUCAAGGUCCCCGGUACGCAGCUCCGGAAGUUCUGCUGCAACGUUGCCAACCCCAACCUACGCUUCACCGACUGUCAGUGGUUCAAGGACGUCGGCCCAGCCCCUAACUCUAAUCCCAAUGGCUUCUGCCGCAGCGGAUGCCCUCCCGAUCGUGUCCGCGUGGCUAUCGAUACUGACGCCGCCGUCUGCAAGACUGGAUUGGGAGGCAUGGCACGCUGCUGCAAGACGAGUUUCAACGACGAGUUCGAGGUCGAGAACCCCAAGCUGGAUGCCUACAGGAGCGCCAUGAAGGAGUGGAUCGACGCUCCAACUUGCCCCAAACCAGCAUCCAUUUUCUCCCGACGUGACCAUAAUGAUCUGGUCGGCGAUAUAGUGGCCAACGCCUCGUCGCCCAUGGACAUGGAGCUCGCUCUUCGAGACGACGUCAAGAUCCAUGACAUCACGGCACAACUUCUGCUCACCUAUAUCCUGGCCAGGAUAGGCAGCGAGAAUAUGCUUGAGGAGAUGGGCGGAAUAUGGGACAGUUACAUUGAGGAAAACUUCCCCUACCUAACGAGACGCGCCAUCAAAGCCUUCCUAGGUAUAACCCCCCAGUGGGAAUUGGACGGGCCCGAAGAGACGGCCCGGCGCAUCCUCUGCAGCCCUCACUCGUACAACGCCCGAAUCGCUGCUAUCCAAGGCACGAACGGCGGCGGCAAGGCCAAGUGGAUCAACUGCACCUAUACUCUCUGCGACGAGAACGGUGUCUGCGAGGACACCAAAAGGCGCCGUGCCCUGCUGCCCAGUCGCUCUACACACCUGUACGCACACCAUCAUCACUGGCUGCAUGCCCGCCAGAUUUCGAAGCCGGUGGAGUGGGAGGCGAAGGUCGUUAGCCCCAGUGGCAGAAAGGCAGGGUUCGAGUAUGAAAUCCCCGCGAACAACCCCCCGGCAGGGUUUGAUCCAAAACAUUCGAGUCUUCAAAACACGGCCGAAUACGAGUACCCCGACGAUUGCUCCGAGUGGAGGCUGAUACAGGGCGGGGGAGUGUGGGUGCCUGGCAGGAAAAACUUCCAGACCGAGCAUCCCAUCGACAAAAGCAUGUUGAAGCAGUUCUUCCUUGACGCAGCCAUGGGGACGCUACAGUCUGGCGCUAAAUCUCUAUAUGGCCCAGUACCGAUUGAGUUCUUCGAGGAAAUUCUGGUAUUAGGUGCUGAUAGCGACAUGUGGCCGAAGAUCCCUGGCAACCCAGAUUUCGAUAACAGAAACCUGUUCACCCGCAUGAUGGAGUGUCUAGGCAGCCAGACUAAUGACAUAAACUUCGUCAUUACCAAUGGUGACUUGAACAAGGUCAAAGGCCAAUUGAUGGAGCUCAAGGACCCCGUUUCGAAAGACACAGAGCAAUACAAGAUUGAGGACAGAAUUGACUACGUCUUGGGAGUCUUACGUGCUUGUGUCGCCACGUUUGACUACAUGAACACUGACACAAGCCCCGGACCCAACGUCUUCGGGAAAACAUCAAACAUCAUCAACGACAUUCUGCACCAGUUGUCACACGCCGAGCUCCUCUUUCAGAGAGCACAUCCCGGCAGCCAGGUCGCGAUAGGCCAGUUCUUUCUGGAGUGGCUCCGAGAUUAUUACGGCGUAGUGACAACUAAGGCCAAAGAAUUUCUUCAACACAUAAUUCCGGAGGCGGAGGCGUUCUGGAGACAACAGACGGGUGAGCGGGCGAUGCAGGUGUUGGAAACGCUUUUUUGGUUGAAUUUCCACGUUGAUGACCUCCACAUCAGGACUGACUGGGUCACUCCCAUUUUUGAGGAUGAUGAUCCGAUGGAUACGUCAAGAUGAGGCUGGGGAAUUUAUAGCUUGGCAUUUUGCAGACUUGCUGA